GAUUGACUCUAAGAUUUAUUCGUAUUUUCUCAGAGUUUAUUUGCCAUAAAAUCAAAAAAUAAAAUCUGAGUUUAUUUAUUAUUUACUGCUACUGAAAUCUGGUUUUAAUAUUAUGUAUUUGUAUCAAAACUAAAUCCUUUUAAUUAUUACUAUCAGCUAUUAAAAUGGGUUUUUUAACGAUAUUAAAAAAACUUAGACAGAAAGAAAAAGAAAUGAGAAUUUUAAUGCUAGGUCUAGAUAAUGCUGGCAAGACAACUAUUCUUAAAAGGUUCAAUGGUGAGCCAAUCGAUACUAUAUCUCCGACACUAGGGUUUAAUAUUAAAACAUUAGAACAUAAGGGAUACAAACUUAACAUUUGGGAUGUUGGUGGCCAAAAAUCUCUGAGAUCAUAUUGGAAAAACUACUUUGAGAGCACAGAUGGGGUUGUGUGGGUGGUGGACAGUGCAGACUGGCGCCGGUUGGGGGACUGUGCCAAGGAGCUCCACACACUGCUCAGAGAAGAAAGGCUUGCUGGGGCUACACUUCUUGUCUUUGCAAAUAAGUCUGAUUUGCCAGGAGCAUUAACCGUAGAGGAGAUUAAAGAGGCUCUGGACUUGGACAAUAUAAAGAGCCAUCACUGGCGUAUUGUGCCAAGUUCUGCAGUCACUGGGGAGAACCUCCUCGAUGGUGUAGACUGGAUGCUGGAUGAUAUUGCUUCCAGGAUAUUUACCCUUGACUAGAGUUGGUGGUAGUGUCUUUAUGUUAACAAUUUUUUGUACACCAUACUAAAAUGGUAAAUAACUGAGCAACUGUAAAGCUUAAACAAUUGUUAUUGUAAGUAUUAUAAUACAGUCUAAUUGAUGGCAAUAGUGAACAAUACGGUGUUAUUGCAAACAAAUAAUUUAAACCCAUAUUUUUACCGGAGUUUUUGCAAAAAAAUAAUUUUAACCGAUCUUAGACAUGUGGUUUGUUAAACAGUGACUGAAUAUAACAACGUCAGUGCCCUAGCAAUAAGGACGUCUAAAAUGGAGUUUAUCUUUUUCUAUUAUAAAACAGUGUUAAGCUUGUGUUAAACUAAAACGUUUUUACACACAAUAUAAGUUACUGAACGCAAUUUUUGUUAACUGUCAUCUAUCUGUCAUCAAAUACCUAAUCUAAAUCUUCUAUAUGAUUUGCAACUUUUUUAAAACAAGUGUUCAACACAUGUUUAACUUUUUUGUAAUAACACAGUUAAUAUUUUUUAUAAAAUUAUAGUUGAUAGACCUUCAAAAUUUUAAUAAUAUAAUGUUAUAACAAGUUUUCCAUCACAAUUGUAAAGAGAAUCUUGCUUUACUGCUUAAGGCUAAUUCAAGAUAUUAACAUGUUUACACGCUUUUAACUUUAUAUUACCACAGCAGUAACACGGACUAGUAAAAAAAGAAGGACUCCGCGCCGUGAUAUUAGCAAGUGAAGCACCUUUAUGCUAGUGUGUGUGCGGUUACAGGGGAUACUAGUUACACAAUUUUUUCUCCCUUAGAUAAUCAAAUAUCCGCAAAUACUUUUAUAUUAUUGUUUUUACAUUUUUUCACAAUACACAACGGCAUUUUUAAAAUAGUUUAUUGCGACGCAAACUGAUCUGUCACAGACGAUGGCAAAUGGCGGCCGCUCGGCUUGUAUUAGUGUAGUGUGUAUGUAUUUACACCCGUUUACCGGCUUGUUUUGGUGCCUCACUGUUAUGUAAGGUGACACAGAGUCUUUAUUUUUUACUCGUCCCGUGAGCAGUAAUAAGUAGUUUAUGAUAUCAUUAAGUCCUGUCUCAUUGAGUUGAAACUAUUUUUUACUGGUUGGUAUAUUAUUAGCAUUAUUUUCCUCACAAGUGUAUUGACAAACACUCCUAUGUCAUCGCGUGCAUAAAACCAUCUCUUGUGAAAUUUCCAAUAUAGCACACUAGUUUCAUAAUGUAAUAGAUAUUGUAUAUAUAACCAAAAAAUAUAUCUCAUGAAACAAAUUUAAACACAUCUGAAGUUUAGUUUAGAAUAGAUCGUCGGUUAAUAAUUACGGAUAUCUCAACUAAAAUUAUUGAACGAGAGUACGGGUCACCUGAUGUAGAAGUGAUCACCAGAAGAAUUAUAGUAGCGUUGUCAGCCUUUUAGAAAAGUGUACGCUUUUUUUUAAAGGUACCCAUGUCGUACCGGUCUGGAAAUACCACAAUAGGCAUAGUUUGGUUGUAUGUGGAAGAAAGGUCCUUGAAAACCGCAAGUCUCCAGAUGGAGUAUAUCCUAGUUUGUGUCGUGGCUUGUGAAUGAGUCAUUCGGGUUAAAAAGCUCUUCAGAAGACUCGCCGUCAAAAAUGCAGUACUACACUACUAAUGCAGUACAGACGUGCAAUACGUCUCCACUCAAAGCCAAGUGAUCGACCCCUAUGCCAUGUCCAUACCCCUAUGUCAAUGAUCUGCUACCGUAACUGACUCUUUCUUGCAGCACUGUGCGAAAUGCUAUCAAUCUCCCACCUUUCCUACGUUUGUACCCAAUGAUACAGAUACGGUGAUCUUACUUUCUUCAGAAAAGAGAAGUUGACUCCAUUGAAGGACCAAUUUUUUUUUUAUGACGGUAAGGGAAGAGGCGACCAGGACGUUCAGCUGAUAGUAAUAAAUACGCCCUGCUCAUUACAAUGCCCAAAAAUUCUGAACGGCACUACAAUUAAGCUCGUCACCUAGAGACAUAAGAUGUUAAAGUCUCAUUUGCCCAGUAAUUUCACCAGCUACGGCGCCCUUCAGACCGAAACACAAUAAUGCUUCCACAUUACUGUGUCACGGCAGAAAUAGGCGCUGUUGUGGUACCCAUAAUCUAGCCGGCAUACUGUGCAAAGGAGCCUCCCACUAGUAAAAUAAAUCUAUUGUUAGAAUCGCUCCCAGAUCAAUCCUCCAUCCUGACGAAGCCUCACUUUUGUAGUCGAAUAAAAUGAAGAUUUCUCAAAGAAACUGAAACAAUUACUUACUAGUCAUCUUGCUAAGACGUGAAUUGAUAUCUACCAGAUCCUUUGGACGACGAGUAAAAAUACCAGUCUCCCGAUAACGCUGAUACUCUAUUGACACCAGAGAGGCUAAGAUGUAGCCAAGUCACGCUGACUAUGCCCUGAAUUGAACAACGCCUUUAGUACCAUGUCACAAUUACACACGAGCACUGUUACAGUAAAACGAUAUUUUAUACAAAAAAAGUGUUUCAUUAAUCAAAAAUUUUGGCGAAUAAAUAUUUUAGAUAUUUCAUCCCGGUUUAAAUUAAUUUGUGUAGUACACCAUUGUGUAAACUAAAUGGCUGAGCUUUUUAUUGGUGUACUUCUCUUUAAUAAUUAUCUAAAUGCCGCCUGAAUUAGUACUACUAGCCUACUGUUUCGAUUUUCAUGAGAAGAUUACUAUUUUCUUUAUAUGGUCUCAGUUGUGACUAUGAAUCUUACAUGUGACUUGUAAUACGUACAGGUUUCGCAUCUUAGCAUAUUUGUAUAGUAUGUGACGUCUUAUUUAAAAUUAUGAAUGUGAUUAUAGGUACUUUUUUUAAAUUUUUAAUAAAACAAUAACAAAACUA